CGGCACCUCGGCUCACCACCGCCGCCCGAUCCCUCCGCCCCCUCCGAGCCACAGCCCACCGGAUAACGCUCCCCGCAACCCUCCAAAGCCCCCCACCGCUCUCGCGCCCCCACCCAUAAACCCCCGCUGCCCAGAUCCCCCUCCUCCUCCUUCCUCCCCGUCGCCGCGCCGCCGCCGCCAUGCAUCCCGACGCCACCUCCCCCUCGCACCGCAUCGCCCGCGUCGCCGCGCACCUCAACCCCACACGCCCACAGAUGGAGGAGCCCGCGGCGCUGAGGCCCGCGGCGUGCCGCGCCAAGGGCGGCGCGCCGGGGUUCAAGGUGGCGGUGGUGGGCGCGGCCGGGGGGAUCGGCCAGUCGCUGUCGCUGCUCAUGAAGAUGAACCCGCUCGUCUCCGUGCUCCACCUCUACGACGUCGUCAACACGCCGGGGGUCACCGCCGACGUCAGCCACAUGGACACCAGCGCCGUGGUGCGCGGCUUCAUUGGCCAACAACAGCUUGAGGCAGCACUUACAGGAAUGGAUCUUGUCAUCAUCCCUGCCGGCCUCCCAAGAAAACCAGGAAUGACAAGGGAUGAUCUGUUCAACAAAAAUGCUGGGAUCGUUCGCUCGAUUUGUGAAGGCGUUGCCAAGAGCUGUCCUAAUGCAAUUGUGAAUUUGAUCAGCAACCCUGUGAACUCAACCGUCCCCAUUGCUGCGGAGGUUUUCAAGAGAGCUGGAACUUACUGUCCCAAGCGUCUCCUUGGAGUGACAACACUUGAUGUAGCAAGGGCUAACACCUUUGUGGCGGAAGUGCUUGGAGUUGAUCCAAGAGAAGUCAAUGUUCCAGUUGUUGGCGGGCAUGCAGGGGUCACUAUAUUACCCCUCCUGUCACAGGUCAGCCCUCCAUGCUCAUUCACUCCAGAUGAAAUCAGCUAUUUGACUAAUCGCAUACAGAACGGUGGUACAGAAGUUGUGGAGGCAAAGGCUGGAGCAGGCUCUGCAACUUUGUCAAUGGCUUUUGCUGCUGCAAAAUUCGCCGACGCGUGCCUGCGAGGAAUGCGUGGUGAUGCUGGCAUCGUGGAGUGUUCAUAUGUCGCAUCUGAGGUAUCGUUUAGUCACACCAGAUCCCUACAUCUCAUCUUUCACAGCACCGAGUCUUAUGAUUUGUGGCCAUAUUGUCUCACAUUAGGUGACAGAGCUGCCGUUCUUCGCAUCGAAAGUGAGGUUAGGUCGCGGUGGAGCCGAGGAGAUUCUCCCUCUUGGGCCACUGAAUGACUUCGAGAGAGCCGGCCUGGAGAAGGCGAAGAAGGAGCUGAGCGAGAGCAUUCAGAAGGGCGUGUCGUUCAUGAACAAGUGAGAUCGUACGAAUGGACCGUCCCCAACCUUAUACAGAUAUGCAAAGACUAAAGAAAGAGUGUGAUAUAGUGCUCCAAUACCUGUAAAGCCACCCCUGCAUGUGCAAGACAGUACUAGUACUCCUCCUUUAGCUGCACUGAGCCUUUUCCCGUCGUGGAAUAUAAAUCAUGUACUCGUACUAGACAAGAAGAACAUAUACUUUCGUGAA